AUGCGUUUUUCCAAACGGCUCCAUGAAAUAAAGGGCGCCGGGAGGACUAAGCUCAAGAGAAUUCUAUACUCACAUCCGACAAUAGAUAAUACCAAGAGUGAUCAAAGCAAAGAAUUGAACACCCCGCAUAUCGAUGAAGAUGUUCCCAUUGCUCAACCCACACCGGAUGAGCCUAGCGAUCUCUGGGAUCGUGCAGAAAAGGCUCUGCGAGGCAGCCCCGAUGGCGAGACGAGAAAUGUCAUGGAGACGUAUUUGUCAAUUCUGGAAUCAGAGCUGGGAUUUGCGAUUGCGGGGAUGGCAUCUUCCGAUCGUCAGAAGCAGCUAUCUAAUUUCACUGUCAACAAAAUUCAAGCUCUCGACGAAAAGAAAUGGACAGUUCGACUACGUGAAAACCAUGUUUCCGUCGAAAGUAUCUACUCUGGGAUUGUGAAUAAUGUGCUGGCUGUGAAGGAUAUCGUUUCCACAGCGGCUGCUGCAGAUCCACAUGUUGCUCUGGCUUGUGCAGGAGUCACAGUAAUAUUAUCGCUGCUCAUUCGGUCAGUGAACGAACACAAGGCGUUGCUGUCUGGCUUUGACUAUACGUCAAAACUGAUCUGCCAGUUUAAUGUGAUUGAAAAACUGUACAUGUCUCGCAAAGAUGUUGUUCUUGCCAACGCGGACGAUGCUAUCCAGUUUGCGACUGAGUUUGAAGCCAGUAUGCUGGAUCUCUAUUCAGGCGUGCUGGAAUUCCAGGCCCGAGCUCUGUGUCACCUUUCUAGACACCCCAUCCGACAGAGAUUCAAAGAGACUUUUGAAAUCAGCAGUUGGAAAGAAAAAAUAGAGGAUAUCAAGGAGUUGGAAACGAUGUGCAGGAACUUUACUUCUGUCAUUGACUCUGCGAAAUUGCACAGUGGUCUGGAAAAGCAAGAACGAGGUCUUUUAGAGGUGAGGGAAAAUACCACUGAAAUCUUGGACAGCCUGAGAAGAUAUCAGAAUCCUCAAACGGCUCAUAUUCGGGAUGAGUUUCUCAAGACGCUUUAUACUUCUCGCUAUGCGGACCACAAAGACAGAAACCAGGAGAAAGUCCAGGGCACAUGUGAAUGGUUUACAAGCCAUCCUCUGUUUCAACGGUGGAGGGACAAUCCAUCGUCUUGCUUCCUUUGGGUUUCUGCAGACCCUGGCUGUGGGAAAUCAGUGCUGGCAAAACAUCUAGUCGACCAUGAGAUCCAGCGGUCCGACAAGCGGAUCGUUUGCUACUUCUUCUUUAAGGAUGACCAUAUGGAGCAAAAGAGUGCAGUUAAUGCCUUGUGUGCCAUGCUACGUCAAUUGUUUCUUCAAAAUGACAAGCUUUUGCGCAAAUCCAUACUUGACGAUUCCCGGAGAGAUCCGGGGCUUACCAAGUCUUUCUCCAGCUUGUGGGAUUUGCUGCUCAAAGUGGCGAGCGACUCGGAUGCCGGGGAAAUUGUCUGUAUUCUAGAUGCUCUAGACGAGUGUGAGGAGCUUGAACGUUCUCAACUUGCCCGAGCCUUGAACAGAUUCUACCGCAGGGAGAACACCAAAUCGGCAUUAAAAUUCCUAGUCACGAGUCGGCCAUACGCUCAUAUACAGCGCGAAUUCCAGUCUCUGAAAAACCAUGCUCCAGAAAUUCACCUAAGUGGCGAAGAUGGCGUUGAGAUAGAGAAGAUCUCCAGUGAGAUCAACCUGGUUAUCCAAGCCCGCGUCGAGGACAUGGGGGAUCGACUGCAACUUGACGAUCACGAACGAGUAUCUCUUCGCAAUCAGCUUCUGCUCUUCCCUAAUCGGACGUAUCUUUGGGUUACUCUGACAUUUGACGUGAUUGAGAACAGCAUCAGCUAUACGAAUAAGAAAGUACAAGAGAUCAUCAACACACUCCCUAGGACAGUCGACGAAGCGUACGAGAACAUCCUGGCUCGAUGUCCCGAUCAGGCGAUAGCCCAAAAACUUCUCCAUAUUGUUGUUUCUGCUGUCAGGCCUCUGACCCUCAAAGAAAUGAGGGUUGCCCUUGCAAUAGGCCCAACUGACCGUAGAUACAAGGAUCUCGAUCUCGAAUCGGAGACACGAUUUCCGGCCGUGGUGAGAAAUAUAUGCGGGCUUUUUGUGACUAUCAUCGAUUCAAGAAUAUAUCUGUUACAUCAGACUGCGAAAGAGUUUUUGGUGAAGAAGACAGAAGAGACAUUGACGCCACGAAAGGAGUGGAGUUUGUCGACAAAUCAUGGAACUGUCGAGCAUCGACGGCAUGGCGAUAUUUCCUUCCCUUGUUGGAAACAUUCUUUGGUGCCAACCGAGUCGAACAACAUCCUAAAUGAUAUAUGCAUCGCAUAUCUCUUGUUUGAAGACUUUGAGUCUUGUCCAGAACGACUUCUCAACGAAUAUACUCAAGCACAUGAUUUCCUAGAAUACGCGACCAAGAACUGGGCCGAACACUUUCGCAAGGCGUCGAGGGAAAAGCAGAUUGCCACUCUAAGAUCAGCGAUCGAGGUGUGCAGGCUAGGUUCCAGGCGAUUUGAUAUGUGGUUUUCUGUAUACCAGAAAAGUCCAGACUGGGAUAGUUCUGACUUGUGGAGUUGGAAUGAGGCUCAGUUCAACGACCUUUUGUUGGGGUCAUAUUUGGGCCUAGAAUUAAGGGUCAAGGAUCUAAUCCGCACUGGCCAAGGACUGAGGGACAGGGGCUCAUUCUUUCAAAGGUCUGCUUUGACUCUGGCAGCCGAAGGUGGACACGAGCGAGUUGUAAAUCUACUCCUAGAUGCAGGGGCCGGUGGUCAACUCUUUGACAUCAAGAAUAAAUCAUAUCAGCCUCUAGAGAAGGCCGCUACCAAUGGCCAUGUUCAGGUCGUGGAAAUUCUCCUAGCCCGGGAAAAGAGUUUCCUAGACACAGCGUGUCCUUCAAAGUCUACGGCACUUUGGUGGGCAGCAGGAAAUGGCCACGAGGGAGUUGUGAGGCUUCUUCUAGCAUCCGGAGCUGAUGCAAAUGGUGACUCUCCCGAUAAAUCACCGCUCUUACCAGCCGCAGAAAAUGGCCAUUUGGAGAUCGUGAGACUCCUCCUGAAACAAAAAGGCAUUGACCCGAUGUGGCAGAGUGCAGCACACAACAGUACAGUACUUACUCUCGCUGCAACACGCGGCGAUGAUCAGCUUGUCAAAAUCCUCCUCUGUGUCGAGGGUGUUAAUCCAGAUCGCCGAAAUCGCGAAGGCUGUUCGCCUCUAUUCCUGGCUGCAGGGGAAGGUCACAUAGAAAUAGUCAAGCUUCUGAUCGCAACAAACGCCGUCCAACUUGACGCAAAAGACUCAGUCAAGCAACAAACCCCGCUCCUCUCGUCUCUCAUAGCAGGACACGACGCAAUAUCCAAGCUUCUCGUCGACAGCGGAGCCCAAGAUCUCGAUUGCGUUGAUUCCAUUUCAGGCGGCCGCACUGCGUUAUCAAUCGCCGCCGAGCGCGGCAACGAGACUCUAUUCAAUCUCCUUUUAGCAACGGGAAAAGUGAACCCCAAUUCCAAGUCCACAUAUAACCGUACGCCGCUUUCAUACGCCUGCGAAAGCGGCGCCACUGGCAUUGUCAGGCGGCUAUUAAAUGCAGAAGGCGCGGACCCUAACCUCGCCGACACGAAUUACGGCCGAACACCGCUCUCAUGGGCGGCGGCGAAUGGUCAUUUAGAGGUAGUCCAACUGUUGUUGCAGUCAGCUGCAGUUGAUGUGAAGUCUUGCGAUCUCGUUCAUGGACGCACGCCGCGCUCAUGGGCCCUUGCGUAUAACCAUUUAAAGGUUGCUCAUAUAAUCCGAGAAGAAGAGAUUCGAAGAGCGCCGGAGGAUGCGUUGGAAAUGAUGGCUCCUGAGUGUGCUGGUCAUGAUAUCCCUCAUCCCAAGCUGCCAUGGCGCGUGCCGACUUUUGUAUUGUCUGAGUAUGGCGAUGAUGGUGUUGUUCAGCCGAAGUCGCUACCCGAGUUAGAUUUGCCGGCGUCUGAGGAUGCUGAUGAUUACGAAGCGAUAUACGACGAUGAUGUCGUUCAGUCUAAGAUGCCAUCGCCUGUGAUCGAUUCGUCGGAGUCUGAGGAUAGUGAUGAUGAUGUAGCUUACUCUAAGCUCCCAUGGCGUGUGCCGCCUGUGGUGGUUACAGAACAUUAG